CUGCUCUCGAGCAUUUACCGAACACAAACGGAACGAGCCAAAAUUAUUGAUUUUUACAAAAUAAAGUAAUAAGAAUUUUAUGCUGCGUUUUUGCCUAUAAGUUCAUAAGCUUAUAAAAAUGGCUGCGAAAAUAAACGAGGCCCAAGAGCACUGCAAGGCAGCAGAGAAAUAUUUGAAGACAUCACUUAUGAAAUGGAAGCCGGAUUAUGAUUCAGCGGCAGAUGAAUACAGUCAAGCAGCUCAAUGCUAUCGCAUUGCUCGUGACCCACAACAUUCCAAAGAAUGCUAUUUGAAAGCCUCUGAGCUUUAUAAGAAGAACCAUGCAUUCUUCCAUGCUGCUAAAGCUAUUGAAAAUGCAAUCAUCAUCUGUAAAGAACUGCUUGGUCCGGAAGAGUUAUACUCCAUGGCUGUUGAUUCAAGCAGUCUGUAUCAGCAACAUGGUUCUGGAGAUGCUGGUGCUAAUAUCUUGGAUAAGGUUGCUAAGAUCAUUGAAGAAAGGUCUCCGGAGCUGGCAGUCAAGCUGUUCCAGCAAGCCGCUGAUGUGUCAUCGACAGAAAGUGGCCAGCACCAAGGAUCUGAAUAUAUCAGCAAGUCAUCAAGACUUUUAGUCAAACUACAAAGGUAUGAUGAAGCAGUAGACAGUCUCCGAUGCGAGAUAGGUUUUCACCAGGAGACUGGCAACAUCCGUGCCAUUGGUCGGUUAACGGUGGCUAUAGUAAUGGUGCAGCUAGCGAGGGGUGACGCUGUGGCAGCUGAAAAGGCUUACAAGGAAUGGGGUUGCAACUGCGAGGCACCUGAAAUGCAAACCCUCGAGCAGUUGCUUCAAGCUUUUGAUGAGGAGGACAGGGAUUCUGCCAAGAGGGCCCUAGCAUCACCGUUCAUCAGGAGUAUGGACGUGGAAUAUGCCAGGCUCGCUCAAAUGAUCCCUCUGCCGGAGGGGAUCGAACCUGCACCGAAGGCUGUGGUCAGGGAGAAUGCUGCACCGUCCUACGUCAGCACUCAAGUUGUUAACACAGAGCCCGGCGUUAUUUCUGAUAAUGAGAACGAUGAUCAAUCGAGUUCUGCUUAUGAAGAAAAGAAAGCAGACGAUGAAGAGGGGGAUGGAGAUGGAUUGUGUUAAAUAUGAGGUACAGCGGCCUGGUAUUGACACUUCUCUCGUCUCUGUAUUAUUGACUACAUAAUAAGUACCAUCGAAGAAAUGGAUUCAUAGGC